AGCGCGCAGGCGCGGCGCUGAUGGCGGAGGCGGCCCGGGGCGCGCCCGCCUAGGCCGGAGCAGCAUCCGCCGCCAUCCGCCGCCGCACGCACGGCUCAGUGAAGCUGCAGUAGCUGAAGCAAACUCGUCGCCAACAUGUUUCUGUACAACCUGACGCUGCAGCGUGCCACUGGCAUCAGCUUUGCCAUCCAUGGCAAUUUCUCAGGAACCAAACAACAAGAAAUCGUGGUUUCCCGGGGCAAGAUCCUGGAGUUGCUCCGCCCCGACCCCAACACGGGGAAGGUUCACACCCUGCUGACUGUGGAGGUGUUCGGGGUCAUCCGGUCCCUCAUGGCCUUCAGGCUGACGGGUGGCACCAAGGACUACAUCGUGGUGGGCAGUGACUCGGGGCGCAUCGUCAUCCUGGAGUACCAGCCCUCCAAGAAUGUGUUUGAGAAGAUCCACCAGGAGACCUUUGGCAAGAGUGGAUGUCGCAGGAUCGUUCCAGGCCAGUACUUGGCUGUGGACCCGAAGGGCCGCGCUGUCAUGAUCAGUGCCAUUGAGAAGCAGAAGCUGGUGUACAUCUUGAACAGAGAUGCUGCUGCUCGUCUCACCAUUUCCUCCCCACUGGAAGCCCACAAGGCCAAUACCUUGGUCUACCACGUGGUGGGAGUUGAUGUCGGUUUUGAAAACCCCAUGUUUGCAUGUCUGGAGAUGGAUUAUGAGGAAGCAGACAAUGAUCCAACAGGAGAAGCUGCAGCCAACACACAACAGACAUUGACAUUUUAUGAACUGGACUUGGGUUUGAACCACGUCGUUAGGAAGUACAGCGAGCCCCUGGAGGAGCACGGCAACUUCCUCAUAACAGUUCCUGGUGGUUCUGAUGGCCCUAGUGGGGUGCUGAUCUGUUCUGAAAACUACAUUACUUACAAAAACUUUGGUGACCAGCCUGAUAUCAGAUGCCCAAUUCCCAGGAGGCGGAAUGACUUGGAUGACCCGGAGAGAGGGAUGAUUUUUGUCUGCUCUGCUACACAUAAGACCAAGUCCAUGUUCUUCUUCCUGGCCCAGACAGAGCAAGGAGACAUUUUCAAAAUUACUCUGGAGACUGAUGAAGACAUGGUAACAGAGAUUCGACUGAAGUACUUUGACACUGUUCCUGUGGCUGCUGCCAUGUGUGUGCUGAAAACGGGGUUUCUCUUCGUGGCAUCUGAAUUUGGAAACCAUUACCUGUACCAGAUCGCUCACCUGGGGGACGAUGAUGAGGAGCCAGAGUUUUCUUCUGCCAUGCCUCUCGAGGAAGGAGAUACCUUCUUUUUUCAGCCACGGCCUCUCAAGAACCUGGUGCUGGUGGAUGAGUUGGACAGUUUGUCUCCCAUUCUGUGUUGUCAGAUAGCAGAUUUGGCCAAUGAAGACACACCCCAGUUGUAUGUGGCUUGUGGUCGGGGGCCCAGGUCAUCUCUGAGGGUUUUAAGACAUGGACUUGAGGUUUCUGAAAUGGCUGUCUCAGAGCUGCCUGGUAACCCCAAUGCUGUAUGGACUGUGAGGAGACAUGUUGAAGAUGAAUUUGAUGCCUACAUCAUCGUGUCCUUCGUAAAUGCCACGCUGGUGCUCUCUAUCGGAGAGACUGUAGAAGAAGUGACUGACUCUGGAUUCCUGGGUACUACACCCACCUUGUCCUGCUCUCUUCUUGGUGAUGAUGCUUUGGUACAGGUUUAUCCAGAUGGCAUCCGGCACAUCCGAGCAGAUAAGAGAGUAAAUGAAUGGAAGACACCAGGGAAGAAAACCAUUGUGAAAUGUGCUGUGAACCAGAGACAAGUAGUGAUAGCACUGACUGGAGGAGAACUGGUUUACUUUGAGAUGGACCCGUCAGGGCAGCUGAAUGAGUACACGGAGAGAAAGGAGAUGUCGGCUGACGUCCAGGUGCUGGCCAUGUCCAGCCGCUCCUGGCUGAGUUAUUCCUACCAGUCACGCUUCCACCUGACUCCCCUGUCCUACGAGACACUGGAGUUUGCAUCUGGCUUUGCUUCCGAGCAGUGCCCAGAGGGCAUCGUGGCCAUCUCCACAAACACACUGAGGAUUUUGGCCCUGGAGAAGCUGGGAGCAGUCUUCAACCAGGUUGCCUUCCCGUUGCAGUACACACCCCGAAAAUUUGUCAUUCACCCAGAGAGCAACAACCUGAUCAUCAUUGAGACAGACCACAAUGCUUACACUGAGGCCACCAAGGCACAGAGGAAGCAGCAAAUGGCUGAGGAAAUGGUGGAGGCUGCAGGUGAGGAUGAGAGGGAGCUGGCUGCAGAGAUGGCUGCAGCCUUUCUGAACGAGAAUCUCCCCGAGUCCAUCUUCGGUGCUCCCAAGGCAGGGAAUGGACAGUGGGCCUCUGUUAUCAGGGUGAUGAACCCCAUCCAGGGAAACACAUUAGAUCUGGUCCAGCUAGAGCAGAACGAAGCUGCCUUCAGUGUGGCUGUUUGCCGGUUCUCCAACACUGGGGAUGAGUGGUACGUGCUGGUGGGAGUCGCCAAGGACCUGAUCCUGAACCCACGCUCAGUUGCUGGGGGGUUUGUCUACACGUACAAGCUGGUGAACAGUGGUGAGAAGCUGGAGUUUCUGCACAAGACCCCUGUGGAGGAGGUUCCUGCAGCCAUUGCUCCGUUCCAAGGCCGAGUCUUAAUUGGAGUUGGAAAGCUCUUGCGUGUGUAUGACCUCGGCAAGAAGAAACUGCUUCGGAAAUGUGAGAAUAAGCAUAUUGCCAACUACAUCUGUGGGAUCCAAACCAUUGGGCACAGGGUGAUUGUUUCAGACGUUCAGGAGAGUUUCAUCUGGGUGCGUUACAAAAGGAACGAGAACCAGCUCAUCAUCUUUGCGGAUGACACUUAUCCCCGGUGGGUCACCACAGCGACUCUCCUGGAUUAUGACACUGUGGCUGGAGCAGACAAGUUUGGUAACAUCUGCGUGGUGAGAUUGCCUCCCAACACCAAUGAUGAGGUAGAUGAGGAUCCCACAGGCAACAAAGCUCUCUGGGACAGAGGGCUUCUUAAUGGAGCAUCACAGAAGGCUGAAGUGAUUAUGAAUUAUCACGUGGGAGAGACGGUGCUUUCCUUGCAGAAGACCACGCUGAUCCCAGGAGGCUCUGAAUCUCUUGUCUACACCACCUUGUCGGGGGGCAUAGGAAUCUUGGUCCCUUUCACUUCCCAUGAGGAUCACGACUUCUUCCAGCAUGUGGAAAUGCACUUACGGUCUGAGCACCCUCCUCUCUGUGGACGAGACCAUCUCAGUUUCCGCUCCUACUACUUCCCGGUGAAGAAUGUGAUAGAUGGGGACCUGUGUGAGCAGUUCAACUCCAUGGAGCCAAACAAACAGAAGAAUGUGGCUGAGGAGCUGGACCGGACCCCACCUGAGGUAUCCAAGAAGCUGGAAGACAUCCGCACCCGCUACGCUUUCUGAGGGGCAGAGCAGCUCACGGCUCCUCUGGAUGUUCUUCCAGGCACUGUUGGGAGGAGGAAUGUGUGGUUUUCUUCCCCUUUUCAGAUAUUGGUUUGGUCCUCUUGGUUUAUGUUUCAAAGCAAGGUGACGUCAGUAAAUACAGUAUCAGCUAUUAGGUGUCCCAACACAUCCUGCUGCGUAUGUGAAGGCUCCUGACAUUCCGGCUUCCAGCCAGAGCAGUUCUCUCUUGGGAAGUGCCCAAGGCAGGAUGCAGACUGACCCUCAGUCCCAUCUCAUUUUCCUUCCUUUAGGAUGGGGGAGCCCCCCUGGGUGUCUUGCAGAAAGUCCUGUAGGGCAUAUCCAGCUGAGUCUUUGUCGUGUCAAGUGGGAUUUGUGAUUUCCUAGUGUUAUAGGAAAGGAAAGAGCUGUGGCAUGAUUCAGGAUUACCAGGCUCCUCUUAAUAGUGCUCUGGGCUUCCACCAGCCCAGGGAGCAGCUGAUGGGAAGCCUGGCUAUGUGGAGGGUGUAACUGUCGCACUUGAUUUGAACGUUUUCUUCUGAAUUGCUGGGGGUUUUUUUGGACUCGCCAUUUCUGACUGUUUUCCCUGUAAAUAGAGUUUUGUACAAUGUUGACUCUCUUGGGGGUGGGGAAGAGCGAGGCCUGAGUCUGGGACUUGAUUUGUUUCAUAAUAACUUUGGCAAGAGAGUGUCUCCAAGCUGUGACUGAGAGCAGCACAUGAAGAAUAAAAGCCUGUUUUUUCACUA